UCCCGAGUUUGAAACCCACGCGCAACCGUUACACUGAACAGUAGUCCUCCAACCAGGCAACCAUGUCACCCCCAAAAGGUCCAAAAUCCAUCUCUUUUUACAACUUCUAAUCCUUCCGCUUUCUUGCGCCUCUAGGCUCUACGUUUGCACUUAAAGCACCUUUCGCCUCUUCCUGCUCUCUCCGUCGUUAACAGAAUCCCUCCCUCUUCCAUGCCAUGGCCACCGCCACCGUCGACUCCUCUGUCUCCAACAACCACCACCACCACCUGAACCGCCUCCACUCGGAAUCCCUUCAUCUCAUCGAUCUUCGCCUUCUUUCCCAGUCUGAACUGCCCUCUUUUUCACUCUGCUCCUUAUCUUCCUCUUCUCUCCAUUAUCUCCAAAACCACGCUGACGUUGCCACUCCUAAAAUCGAUCGCUCCGUUUUCAACGAAUCCGCCGGCAGCCGCAAAUAGACAUUUUCCCGCCUCCGAUUGUCUACUCGCAACAACUUGCAAUUCUCCUUCUCUCCUUCAAUUAAGUCCCGCAUUCCCCUCCAAGCCGCCGAACAAGGUCUAAAUGAGGAGAGUUCUAAAAUCAUUUCCCUCCUUAAGUCCCUGUCUGGAGCCAAUUCUCACUCAAGUGAGAAAGAGGAUGAUAAUAAUGAUAAUAAUAGUAAUGAUAAUAACCUAGGUUCUGUUCUGAUCCAUGACAACGAAUUACUAGGUUUUCCUUCAACAGGGAAUGAGGCACUGCAAACUUUUCCCAUGAAGCAGGCAUUUCUGACUGCCAUUGUUGAGUCUACUGCAAAAAAGAGGAAGCGAGGCAGGCCGAGAAAAUAUGAGACUAAUUUCUAUAGUAACAUUAGUAAUCUCAAUCAGGUCAUUGACACUGAGAAUAAGCAAAUAGAGAGAGAGAGACGAUUGGUGAUAAUGGCAGUGUGACGAUGGAAAUGGAGAUGAAGAAGGGGGAGAUUAUGAUGAUGAGUAAGAAUGGAAUGAAGGUUGACUUGCUGGCAUUGGGUAGUAUGGAGGAUCUGUAUGACUAUGGAGAGGAGCUUAGGAGGCUAACGAUGGGAAUGCAUACAGAGGCGGAGAUGUUAGGGGCUUUGCAGGGUUUAGAGGGAGAAUGGGUGACAAGCAGGAGGAAGAAGAAGAUUGUGAAUGCUAGUAUGCUCGGGGAUGUGUUGCCAAGAGGUUGGAAGCUGAUGCUUUGCAUCAAGAAGAAAGCUGGUUACUUUUGGAUUGCUUGUAGAAGAUACAUAAGUUCUAAUGGGCAGCAGUUUAUGUCCUGCAAGGAAGUUUCAUCAUAUUUACUUCAAGAUAUCUUUACCCUUGAAUAUGACAAGAAUGGGGAUGAAAAGCAAUUUUCCCCAUUGAAGAUAGGGAUUACCGGGCGAGUCCAAACACCAGGAAAAUAUAAGUGCCAUAAAUGCACCAUGGCUUUUGAUGAGCCAGAUGACUUGCUGCAACACCUGCUGCCAGCUCAUCAGAGGACUUCAAAGAGUCGUAGACAAGGAACAUUCACGAAUGAGAGGAUUGGAAGUGAUAUGGGCACUGUUGCUAUAAAUUCUGACAUUAAAAUCAAUGAUGAAAUCAUUUCUGCCAUUCCGAAUUAUAAAAGAAAAGAAAAUACUACUGGUAAAUCUUAUUGUGGUAUGCAGGAUAUAGUUUGUAGCACAAUUAAUAAUAAGGCAGAGAAGAUGAGUGAAGUUGCUAAUGUUGUUGCUGUUGAAAAUUAUGUUUGCCCGGGUUUGAAUAAGGAGAAUGAUUCUGUUUGUAAAUCUUCUGAUGAAAAAAAUGUUCUUGGGUGCUUUACUGACAGAAUCAAUAAUUUGGACAGCCAGGAAGAAGGUUCUCAGAACUGUUCACUUGCUGCUGUUGGAAGGAAGCAAGCAUGUGCAAUUGACGGCAAUGAGGAUCAAGUAUGCGUAAGCUUAAUGAAGGAGCAUUAUCAGGUGACAGGUUCUGAUAGUGGUUUAAUUGCCUCAAAUUCUGAAGAGAAAACAGUUGAUGGUGAAGCUAUCAAGGAUAGACUUCUUUCUAGCACAAUAAGUUGCAUGAAAAUUGAUGACACAGUUUUUGUUGGGAAAGAUAAGCUAAGAACUGGGUUUGACAAUAAUUGCUCAAUACAAGAGAAUGUUGCAACCAAUAGCAAGGAGCAAAGUUCUGAAGGCUGUUAUGGUGGCGACCAAAGAUAUGGUUCUGUAAAUAAUGUGCAUGGACUUUCAAUUUCCAUUGUGAUGGAGAUGAGGAGUGAAAUGGGUUCUAAAGAGGGUUUACCUUCAUCCUUAGAUGAGACAGCAUGUUUUUCCAACGAUGAGGUGAACCAAGUUUCUGCUAGAACACUAAACAAGCCCAAACUUGAUGAAGUGUGUAAGUCUAGGAAUGAUGUCCAAACUGUUGGUUUUGGUAGCAAUAACACUUUAAUAAUGAGCUGGAGAGUAGCAUCGGAAGCUGCUCAGCUAUUCCAUCAUUGAAUGAGCAGAUGCAUUUUACUGAAAAUAAUAUGAAGGGGAAUGCCAGUUGCACAAGAUAGAAAUGCCAUCAAGGAAUCUGAAGGCAGCGAGCUUACUUUAUUUGCCUGUGAGCAAUGCUUCCUGAAAAUAUUAUUGUUAAGGUUUCUAAUGGUACUAUCGAGGUGCCUAAUCUUGUUGAAGUCCCAUGCUCUAAUAUCUGUGAUCACAGCAAAGACGCAGAUGUACUUGAAGGAUGUGUAACUAAUAUUGAGCAGGGAAGAAGUUCCAACAAUUUUUUACUUGCUCCAUCAGCUAAUGGGCUAACAUUUUCUUUAAAAGAUGAUGGAGCCCUGGAUGGCAGAUCAAAGAACCUUAUGCCUGAUAAAAAUUUUGAAAGCAGUUUUGGUGAACCAUCUUCUAAUGAGCAAACACAUGGUAAUGAGAAUAGCAUGAAUAAGGUUUCAUGUAACACAGUGGACCAGUGGAAGCAUAAGGGAUUUAAAAGUCUGUGUGAUGGUGAACCACAUACUGGUUUUGACCAUUGCUACAGAGAACAGGAUAUGGAUUCUGUGAAAAGCACCAUGCAAGAAAGCUGUUCAAAGGAUUGUCCCCUUGUUAAUUCUGGGACUCAACAGAAAUUUUCUAUGGAAGAUGAUGUAACUGGUCUUUGUAGUUGGACUCUGGAUGAGAAGAAAAGGGCUCCUAUAGACAGCUUGCUUUGUCUCUCUAACAGUGAACAAGUUUGGAGUGUUGACAAUAAUUCGAAUAGGAUUUUGACUGGAAAAGCUAAAGAGGAGCCAAGGUUGGAGGACUUAAAUCCUAGGAAGAAUGAAUCAGUGAUUGGUUUUAGCACCCAUACCCCAACCAGUGUAAAUGUCAUAUCUGAGUUUAUGUGGAGAACUGAUGAAAAAAAUGACCUGCAUGGUAGUUUUGCUGAUACUUCAUCUCAACUAGUACAUUCAACAGGCUGUUUUCCCUCAUGUGAAGUAAUGUCAGAUAAGGUAUGAUUUUUUUUUUUAUUUUUUUUUAUGGAAUCAUUUUUAAUCUUCACUUCAUAGAAUACUUGGUGAAUAAUUUCCAGUUGGUACUGUGUUGUUUUUAACCAUUAAAUGGGGACUGAUGAUAUGAUGUACCUUCUGCUUUUCAUUUGUGUUUA